AUGCAUCAAAAAGUAGCAGGAUGGGCGCUUUUGGCCCUUAUCAGUUCAUCAGCAAUUCUUCACACAUUGGCGUACCCUCAACAUGCACCUCUUAUAUCACAAGCUACCAGCAACGUCCGAACACAAAAUCCCCAGUACUACAGCAACUCGCUACCUCUACCCCACGAGCAAAUGGUACAAGAGCGCAAGUUUGCUGAAAAACCCAAUGCAUUGAAAAAAGUAGCCCUUGACGACAUCGACGAAAUUCAGAACAACUCUAUUUCAGAUGGCGGCUUUUCGUGGUCAAAUAUGCUUGGGAUGAUAAUGCAAAUGCUUUUCAAUCCUGGCACCACUGGACCAAACAAGAGUGACAACAUUGACACAGACUCUGUUGCUCCAUCUCCAUGGGCUAACCUCCUUUCAAUGGGCCUCAAAAUCUUAACAGCCAUCCUUGGGGGAGGUGCUUCUAGUGACGGAAUCGAUAAAGUUGAUAACGGAAACUCCCCGAUGCAGAGUAUUUUGGCUGCGGUUCUGUCGACGAUGCUCGGUGCCAAAGAUCCCGACCAAGUCGCCUCGAUGGCAAAGCAGGCUGGAGAGUUUAUUAACAUCGUUGUGAACCUGUUGGAUGCGUUGAAGACAUCAUUCUCUCACCGAUCGCUGACCGCACGCUCCAUGGGACGUAAAGACUCAGUCAGUGACGCAGCGCUAGCCGGCAUUGCCAUGAUGAAAACCUAUGUGAGGUCCUUCGGUACUAACGAUGACAAAUGUCUUCAAAAAUACGUCUGCGAUGCGAAUAGCGAAUGCUCCACAGAUAUUGGACCCAAGAGUGUCUUCUGUCAACUCGGAACGUACGCUGCUAGUUUCGUCCUAGAGAGACAAUCUGGCGCAACAUCCCAACAAUUCUACGAAGCAGGACGUCGAGGCAGAUCUGGCGUUGAUUGUCGCGAAUUGUAUCUUCAAUGCAAUGAAGUGUAA